UCAUCGUCAUAGUGGGAGUGGUAUGUAAACCCUAAGGACGGGGCUACAUUGGGGGUUGGGAUUGAAGCGUCCUCAGUGCGGAGCAACAUUGGAUCUGGGCACCCAAAUCAGAGCUAACCCAGGAUUAUUUGCUUACGGUUGUGGUGGAGUGGAGUGUGUAGUCGAGAUAUCGACGACGUCGAGCGAUAUUUUUUCUAUAUGCUUCUUAUCCGAGUCUCUGCGAUUGAGUCCUAGGGUUUCGUUUUUGAGUCGUUUUUUUCGGUCGAAGUUGUUGUAGGUGUUUUUAUUUUUAUUUUUAUUUAUUGUGUGGAUGGUGGUGGGAGGACCCAUGGCGACGUAUGAUUUACGGCAGACGGCGUAUGUGAAGCUCGUCUUGCAUGCAUUGAAGCACACAUCAUGUGCCGUGAACGGCGUCUUGAUCGGGCGCAUUGGAAAGGGCGAUGGUGAGUCCACAGUGGAGGUCACGGAUUGCGUGCCGUUGUUCCAUGGGCAGCUUGGGCUUCUGCCCAUGCUGGAGCUUGCGCUCUCGCUGGUGGACGAGCAUCUGGCAGCCGGACAGGAUCGAUCGUUGCAAAUCGUGGGGUAUUAUCAUGCAAAUGAGCAGUUUGACAAUCUUGAGCUUAGCUCUAUUGCGAAGAAGAUCGGGGACCAGAUCGUUAGGUAUUGUUCUCAAGGGGCGAUUCUUUUGUUGGAUAACAAACGGCUGCAAGCUCUUGCGAAGGAGAACACGAAUGCGCCCGUGGUGCAGUUAUAUGUGAAGGAGGGUUCGAGCUGGAAGUUAGGAGGGUCUGGUUCGGAGCUUCGGUUGAAGGAGACAAUGGCGAAUAGCAUUUUGAAUGAUUAUAGAAAGGAGAAGCGUGAGGUCCGUGUGGUUGAUUUUGAUGAACAUUUGGACGACGUUUCGAAAGACUGGUUAAAUCCUACCCUCUUCAACUGAGUCAAAGGGUGCACUGUUCCUCGGGAUUGGACCCAAAGUGCUAAUCUCUUUACUAUUCUCCUAGUGCAUCAAUCCCAUUUGUGCAAAUCUUACGGGCACAAUCAACGUGAUUGUUCCUUGAAGGAUGCUCGGGUUUUCUUACGAUCAGGCAUCAAGAUUUGAGGAUUGUUGAUUGUCACCUGCUCUUGACAGACUGGUAGUGUUUGGGUCUGCCUCCAUUCAAAUCCCUAAAUUCCUCGGGGCUUUAGUUUUGCCCUAGCUCUUAGAAAAGAUGGUUACAAGUCCUGUUGUCGAAGUCCUAUUUGCAACAAAGCCCUGAUUCUUGAAUUUUAACUCCCAAUAGCUACAAUGUAAAGGUGAUAAUAUGCGAGUCCCUGAUGGGUACACAGUUUAAUCGUA